UCAAGUUGAGGCAGGGAAGAGCUGGGGCAGGGCUAUGUUUCCGGUUCCGGUUCCGGGGUCAGCACGCACGGGGUCUCCAACAGGCCUGUGCCUGAGGCGCCGGCUUCGAAGGAUCUUCGGGGCAGAUUCCGACCAGCCUGCGCCCGGUCCAGCAUGGCCCCCAAGCCCGGCAGCCAAGCGGAUCCCAAGGCGGCUAAGCGCUCCCCGGUCUCCAGGCGCCGCUUCUCCAAGGCCGAGGACUGGUUCGAUUGUCCUGCAUUAGGCCCGGGUUGGAAGAGGCGGGAGAACUUCCGAAAAAAGGGAGCCACCUGCGGCCUCUCGGAUACCUAUUAUCUGAGCCCCUCAGGCGAGUGCAUUAGGAGCAAAGUGAAGCUGGCCCGUUACCUGGGCCCGGGCUGGGACCUCAGCGGUUUUCAUUUCAAGCUCGGGAUUCUGCAACCCUCGCCUGCUCGGGCGGCGCCGCCUCAGAAUGAGACAAAGAGGCCGCGACGAGGACUGGGAAGGCCCAGAAAGGAGCCGGCGCAUUCUCCCCCGGAGCAGCCGGAUCCCGAGAGGACCGUAGCAGAGCUGCUCACGGCGGAUGCCGGCAAGACCCCCGAGCCCGGAGGCCCCGCCGACACUCCUGGCUCGGACCCCCGCCGAGGGUCCCUGCGCGGACCCCACCAAGGCUCCCCGCAGUGGACGUCGCCGAGCCUCCCCAGAGUGACGGCAGCGGGCCUCCGCGGCGGCGGUGGCGGCAGCGGUGGGACCACCCCCACGGUCAGUGCCGCGGCCACGGCCAUUGCUACGUCCACGGCCGUCCCCGCUGUGACCCCCGCUGCUCCGGCAGCACCAGCCGCCGCCGCUGCCGCUGCAGCCCCCGCCCCCGCUGCCGCCGCCGCCGCAGCAGCAGCAGCCGCCGCCGCCCCCACCAGCCCCGGGUCCGCAGCCGCAGUGGCGGCUGCCUCGACGCCGGGCACUUCAGAGGCGGGGGCUCGGAGCGCAGGCGCGGGCACGGGUUCGAGCACGGGCUGCGGCCUUUGUGCAGGCUGCCAGGCCCAGGAAGAUUGUGGGGCCUGCUGGAUCUGCGUGCGCGAGGGGAAGCCGGGCCUCGUCCGGCGCUGGCGCUGCCUGGGGCGCCGCUGCCUUCAGAAGCGCUUAAAGAAGCGGCCCAAGAGCUCGGGGGCCAGGAAGCCCCCCGGCCGGCGCCGGCGAGCCCCUGCACCGCCUCCCCCAGAGGGGCGGGAGAGCCCAGUGGUCACCGCAGACCACCACCAACGGCGACCGCGCCACAACCGCAAGUGCGGGGUUUGCACCGCCUGCAGACGCCCUCUGGAUUGUGGCGAGUGUGACUUUUGCCUAGACAAGCCCAAGUUUGGUGGCUCCAACCAGAAAAGGCAAAAGUGUCGCUGGAGGCAAUGUUUAUCUUUUGCAGUUAAACGAUUGUUGCCGGCCAUAAGAGAGAGUCCCUCUGCAGAGAGGCCGGUGCCUGCCCAGCGCCAGUUGCCGCAGCGCCUCAGGAAGGGGACUUUUGGUAGCCGUCCCUACCGUCCAAGCUGGCCCAAAUAUAGGGGCCGCCAGGGCCAGAGGCUGUUAACUGAGGCCCAGAGCCGGAGGCUUAAGCAAAAGCAGCAAUUUGUGGUGAAGGAGGAGCCGGAUACUGACUGUAUGGAGCCGCAGGAGGCUAACUUGGACCCACAAGCGGGUGAGAGCAUCCCAGUGCUGCACUCGAACCCAAAGAGGAAAACUCUCCGGUUCCUUCUCCUCACCCCAAUCCCCCAAAGGAGCGUGAGUCUCCAGAACCUGAGGUAUUCAAUCCGUGUCCGGAAGUGAAGGAGGAGGAAAAGGACUUUGAGUCCCAGGCUCCUGAAGCCACCUUAUCACCCCCUGUUAGCUCCCUUGCUGACCUUUCCGGCAAGGAAGCUAUUGAGGACCAGCCACAGCCGACUGUGAAAGAAGAGGAAGGCCUGGGAGAAGAUGCAGUUGCAAGCACCCCUGUGAUCAUGGAGAUCUAUAGUUUGGGCAAGGCCACCCCAACAGAAGAAGGAAUCUUGGAACCUUGGACAGUGUCUUACAGGAAUUUCUGGCGGAACUGAAUGAACUGCCCCUUCCUGCCCACUGGGAAGUGCUGCCCACUAGGGGGCCAGACCUGUGCCUCAUCCAGCGAUCCGCCUUGUCCCACUAUGGCUUGCUGCAGUCAUCCAUAUCCAACCUGGCCUGUACUUCCGUGUGGUGGUACGGGAUGUCCCAGUGCCAACCUACCCAUGAGCUCUAUUCUGCCCAUCCAUUACGACUCACCCACUGUAGAUGAGGUGAUAGAACUCAUCUGCAACCUAGAAGCCUACCGUCUGUGCCCUGGUUGGCCUGCCAGCUGGCAUCAGGGCCCGCGUUCUCCAGGCUGUGAUGUCUUGGUCUACCAAGGCCGCUGCCAAUACU